ACAAACUAGAAGCUUUUUCCUCAGUUUCUCCGCCACCCUGUGUCUGUCUUUCUCCCAUUGCAUUGUGUUUGCCCCUUCUCUUUCUCCUUCUUUUCUUAUUUAUAUUAUUCAUCGGAACCCUCUCUUUCUUCCUGUCUCCUCAUUCGGUUCCUCAACUUCGAUCUCUUCGGUGAUUCAUUCAAUGGCGACCCUUUUCCAGGCACUUGGAGCUCCCACAGCAUUCUCCGCCUCUAACAAACUCCACUUCCCAUCCCUUUCAGAUAGGAAAGGACAAAUAUUUGUUGUCAGAUCUGAUGCAAGGAUCCUCAACAUAGGAGCUCGUAAGCCUCAGAGUUUGAUUACUAAUGCUGUUGCAACGAAGACAGAUACUUCUGCAUCGUCAAAAACUGGGCACGAACUUCUCCUUUUUGAAGCCUUACUUGAAGGUUUGGAAGAAGAAAUGGACAGGGAUCCAAGGGUGUGCGUCAUGGGUGAAGAUGUAGGUCACUAUGGAGGAUCUUACAAGGUGACUAAGGGCCUGGCCACCAAGUUUGGGGACCUCAGGGUUUUGGACACUCCUAUUGCGGAGAACUCCUUCACAGGCAUGGGCAUUGGAGCUGCCAUGACUGGUUUGAGACCAAUUGUUGAGGGUAUGAACAUGGGAUUUCUACUUCUGGCAUUUAACCAGAUCUCCAACAAUUGUGGCAUGCUUCAUUACACAUCUGGAGGCCAGUUUAAAAUACCAAUUGUUAUUCGUGGCCCUGGUGGAGUUGGGCGUCAACUUGGGGCCGAGCACUCACAACGACUUGAGUCAUAUUUUCAAUCAAUUCCUGGAAUCCAAAUGGUGGCUUGCUCAACCCCUUAUAAUGCCAAGGGCUUGAUGAAAGCUGCAAUCCGAAGUGAGAACCCCGUGAUACUCUUUGAGCAUGUGUUGCUUUAUAACUUGAAGGAGAGAAUUCCAGAUGAAGAGUAUGUAUUGUCACUUGAAGAAGCUGAGAUGGUUAGGCCUGGGGAACAUGUCACAAUUUUAACUUAUUCCAGAAUGAGAUAUCAUGUCAUGCAAGCUGCCAAGACAUUGGUGAACAAAGGGUAUGAUCCUGAAGUAAUUGACAUCAGAUCUUUGAAACCAUUUGAUCUUCACACAAUUGGGAAUUCAGUGAAGAAGACUCACCGCGUGUUAAUCGUGGAAGAAUGCAUGCGCACGGGUGGAAUUGGUGCUAGCCUGACAGCUGCUAUUACUGAAAAUUUCAAUGACUAUUUGGAUGCUCCUAUUAUCUGUUUAUCCUCACAAGAUGUGCCAACACCAUAUGCUGGGACAUUGGAGGAAUGGACAGUAGUUCAACCUUCUCAGAUUGUCACAGCAGUUGAGCAGCUCUGCCAGUAAUUCACCAAAUAAUCACUUCCAAUAAGGAUAUGGUUCUGGUAAAGAAAUAGCUAGAACCUUUUUUUUCCAUUUACUCUUUUUGUUUCACUUCCAAAUCUCCAUCAUCUAAACUUUUUUUUUUAAUUUAAUUUUGGGUGUCCUUUUCAUUUUUUUAUAAAAUGUUUACACAAUUGUCCACCCAAUUUGAGGUAGUUUCACUUAGUUCUUUUGCAUCAUUAAUAUAGUGGGCUAUAUGAUCUUGUUAGGCCCUGAACACUUUGGUAUUUGUACACGGUGUUGAGCAUCGCAGAUGCUUGUUGUAGGCCAAAUUUGAAUUCACUUGUAUGGAUGAAUCGGAUUGUUUUGUGGUUGGAAAUU